CCCACAUGACCUUCUGAUUCCGUCCAUAAAUCUUCAACUAAAAUUCCCCAAAAGGCCCUGUCCUUGGAAUUUUGCCCUCUGAAGAAGGGAUUGUUGUUUGGUGAUUGCAUGAAAAAAAGGGUAGAUCGAGAAGAAAAAGUUGGUCGAGAGGAAUCCUUCUUAUCAAAUAAAUCUACUGGAGCCUGGCAAGUGGCGCACCAAGGAAAUCCCCCCAUAUUUUUCUCUCCUCUCCUCUCCUCUUCCAACAGGCCUGCACUUACCAAUAAACAAACAAGAGCCUAGAUCAUCAUACUCUCAAAGACGGUUUGUGACAGAGAGGAGGGAGGGAGAAAACAAUAGGAUUAAACUACAUGGAGAGACUAAGAAAUAGUUAACCAAGGCUGAAGCAGGCACAGAUCUUUCUGCCAUCCCCUGGUUUUCUUGCUUCCUUGGUCUCACGUAGCCUCAUUGCCAUGUGACCUCUCCAUUCAGAAGGUUGCAGAGGAGCAAUGGGGAAGACCGGCAAAUGGCUUCGAAGCUUCUUGUUUGGCAAGAAGGACAAGGAGAAGAAUGGGUCUUCGGGCUCAGUUCCGACACCUAAAGAGAAAAAGAGAUGGAGCUUCCGCAGGUCAGCAGUCACAGGGAAAGAUGUCAAUUCUCGAGACAUGCUUGCCUCUGCAUCAAGUCGUCGGUUCCUGGACUCGGACAUGGACCGGAAGAGGCAUGCCAUGGCCAUGGCAGAAGCCACAGCGGCGGCCGCUGAUGCUGCAGUAGCGGCAGCACAGGCUGCAGCAGCUGUUCUCCGUCUGACCACCACAGCCGCCAUAAGAUGCAGUUUCGCCGAGGAGGCGGCGGCUGCCAUCAGGAUUCAGGCGGCCUUCCGUUCUUACUUGGCCAGGAAAGCUUUAUGCGCUCUAAAGGGUCUAGUGAAAUUGCAAGCCUUGGUGAGAGGACACUUGGUGAGAAAGCAAGCCGCCAAUACUCUCAGGUGUAUGCAGGCUUUGGUGACAGCACAAGCCAGAGCUCGUGCCCAGCGGAUCCAAAUGCUUGAGAAAGCACAGAGCAGCUCACAGAGGCAAUCCAAUUCCAGAAAAUCCCCACAUCAUCCCCGAAACCGGCAAUUCCAUGAGGUGGAGAGGAAUGUAGAAGAGAUCAUAAAAAUUGUGGAGAUGGAUCAUGGAGAGUCAUGGAGUAAUUUGAGGAGCAGAAACAGCUACACUAUGCAAACUGAGAGAAAAGAACCCAAGUUCUCAGCAUAUGGCCACAACCAUCAACCUUAUAAGCUUGAUCCCCUCCAACGGGUGUCACGUUCACCUUCAGCUUUAACUGAUAUAGGCCCCAGAGCUUACAGUGGAGAUUUUGAAGACUUUACCAUCCCCACAGCACAAAGCAGCCCUCAAUACUUAUCAGCUUCUCUUACACCUGAUGAAACAACAUUCUAUCCUAAUUACAUGGCCAACACAGAGUCUUCAAGAGCUAAGGCUCGGUCGCAGAGUGCACCUAAGCAACGAUCCAAUUCAUGCGAGAGGCAACCAAGCAGAAGGAGGAUAUUGAUGGAAGGAAGGAAUGUUCCGCAGAGUGUACAAAUGCAGCGAUCAUCUUCGCAUGCUGGCUCAACUGCUUAUGAUCAGUAUCCAUGGUCGAUCAAGCUCGGUAAGUCCAGCAUGCCACUCAAGGACAGUAAAGGUGGUUCAACAAGCACUGUGCUGACUAACACCAACUACUUCAGAUCUCUAAUAGCAUAUGAGCUUAGUACAUGAUAAUCCAUGAUAGUAAAUACUCCUUCCAGAUUCAUCUCUCUUAACUGCCAUCUACUGAAGUUUGUGUCACCCUGUUAACUAUUGUAAUCCGGAAUGUGCAAUAGCAACAAGUUGUAGGAAUUAUGUGAAGUGUAAAAGUUUUCAAGGGCAAAGGAUUCCAGAAGAAAUGUGAGUGAAGAAAAUAAUUGAGUCUGGGGUUAGAUUUUGUUUACACAUGGAACCUUGAAUUCGAACAUUCCAAUGUUUGGUUUUAGCUUGGGCUGUUUCUGGUUCCCCACUUUUCUUUUUUCAGAAGGCUUGGAGGAGAGACAAGUGCUGUAUCAUUUUGUUCUGACUGGAGAUUAUGAUGUAAUUGAACAAAUGCUGAGUGCUUACAAACAGUUGUCCAUAACCUGUAUCUAAUUGGAAGUGUAACCUCUCUUAAAUGUUCUAGUCCCAUUUUAUCUCUAGCUUUGUGAUGCCGAGCUAAAAAUCAACAGGAAGU